AUGGCUGCCUCUACAAGCUCAGUCCCUCGGCGACUGCGCUUAUCAUAUGUCGCCUUGAGCAAGCGAUCACUAUCUACCAGCUCGCAAGCUCGAUCCUCAUCACAAUUUCAUCGGUCGGACUUUAUCAACCAACCUUUCACAGGCACUUACGAGCCGGGCCUGCCCACCUCAGGACCUCUAGGGGGAGCUUCCAGCUAUGGCACCCCUCGCCUAACUCCGAAGAUGCUGAAGCAGCACCUCGAUCAGUUUGUUGUCGGCCAAGAAAGGGCAAAGAAAGUCCUCAGCGUUGCGGUGUUCAACCAUUACCAGAGGAUACAAGAGUUGCAAAGGCGAGAGGAGGAGGAGGAAGAGCUGUUGGCACAGAGGGAAAGACGAGAGAGACAUCCAGUCGAGAGCGAAUUCCCUGGUCAACAACCCACAAUUCGUAUGGGUGGCCCUCCGGGCCCUGGCUUCGGGCCACGAGCGAGUGGUUCGCCUUUGGUUGACACCAGUCCUCUCACUUUGGAGAAAUCGAAUAUAUUGCUACUAGGUCCCAGUGGCGUGGGAAAGACAUUAAUGGCCAAGACACUUGCGCGGGUGCUGUCGGUACCCUUUUCCAUGUCAGACUGUACACCCUUCACUCAGGCCGGAUAUAUUGGCGAAGAUGCCGAAGUCUGCGUGCAUCGGUUGCUAGCGGCUGCGAAUUAUGAUGUCGAGAGGGCCGAACGAGGUAUCAUUUGUCUCGAUGAAAUCGACAAGAUUGCAACAGCAAAGGUCAGCCAUGGAAAAGACGUGUCCGGAGAAGGUGUCCAACAAGCGCUUUUAAAAAUCGUCGAAGGCACGACGAUCCAAAUCCAGGCCAAGCCAGAACGGAACGCUCCUCGCGCUGGUGGCCAGUCACAGACCUACCCAACUAACAGUCCCCUGGGUGCUGGCUUCUCUUCUGGUCCAUCUGGCGCCUCAGCCACUCCUGCUAAAGGAGAAGUCUACAACGUCCGCACCGAUAACAUUCUCUUCAUCUGCAGCGGUGCGUUUAUCGGCCUGCAGAAGCACAUAAUGGACCGCUUGGCGAAGGGUAGCAUCGGCUUUGGUGCUAACGUACGCUCAAGUUUCAAUCUGACCUCUUACGGCCGCGAUCAAAAGUCCACAACCGCCGCUCCCGUCCCUAUACUGCCAGGAUCUCAAGAGGAAGCCCUCUAUAAGAAACAUUUACCCUUCUUCACCCCAGCUCCAGCUCCUGAACAGUCGUCUUUGGAUGGAUCUCCUACAGAGCCAAACUACUUCAACCCAUUAGACCUGGUCACCCCAGCCGACCUCCAGUCUUACGGCUUCAUCCCCGAGCUUGUCGGCCGAAUUCCUACCGCAGCCGCUUUGGCCGCUCUUACCCAUUCCAUGUUAUUACGCAUAUUGACGGAGCCUCGUAACUCGCUGGUGGCUCAGUAUGUCACUCUCUUCUCGCUAUCGGGCAUCGAGCUCCGCUUCACCACGCCGGCCCUCCACGUGGUCGCCUCGAAUGCCCUUGCCAUGGGUACAGGAGCCCGUGCUCUUCGUACCGAGAUGGAGACUAUUCUUGGAGAUGCCAUGUUUGAGGCGCCCGGCAGUUCUGUGAAGUAUGUCCUUGUCACAGAAUGUGUUGCCAAGAGAGAAGAGGGAGCAAUUUACUUCGGUCGAGGCCAGGGCGGCAAGUUUCAUGCUUUGAUUGCUCAGGAAGAGGGCGACUGGGAAGACAAGCAGAAGCGUAAGGACCCUGAGCGCAAGGUCGACACUAGUUCCGCUAGCUUCGAGGACUGGAGAACGAAGUCGACUAUCGCAGCUGGUAGCGGCGGGUGA